UAUUUAAACAACUUUUUUGAUAUUCACACAAUUGACUCCUAUUAUAAUCAAAACUAGUAGUUAUGUAUCGCUACUUAAAAAGACGAUAAUAUUGAUAAAUGACAAUACAUUUGAUGCUCUCAUACCAUAUAUAAGUAUCACUUGACUAAAUAGUUUUUAUUACAAAUUUAGUGUUCAAUUACUUCUCGUCACACAAAUAAUAAUCAUAUUAUAAGAAAUACCUUUAAUAACAAUCAAAACGAGUCAAUUAAAAGCUAACGUUUCACAAGUCAUUUGUAAAAUAUAUUUCUCAUCAAAAACAAUGUUAAGUCAAGCAAAAAGUUUAUUGUUGGCCGCAAUUAUAGCGGUAUUCAUCUAUGAAUACACAUCCAGCGAACCAUCGAGGUUUGAAUUUGAUCUCAAACACGUUGAUAACGACCAGAGAGACAGACUGUUUGUCUUCUUGGAUGAAAACAAAGACAAACAGUUAUGCAAAACAGAGUUUAAACAACUCUUUAGUUCCUUAUUCUACUCGUCGGCCGAAAAGACCAGUCAUUUAGUAGACGAAGACAUUGGCGUUGAAAUGCUUGACUUAAUAUUCCUCCAUAAAGACAAACCCAUAGACAAGAAUCGAUUCGAUGAGGUUUGGGACGAAUGGAUAUACAAGAUAUUAAAGCCUAAAUCAGCACUUAUUGUGGUCGAUAUGCAGAACGACUUCAUCGCCGGCUCAAUGCCAGUCCCGAACGCAACCAAAAUCGUAAAACCCAUCAACGAUUUGAUGGCACACUUUGAGACCGUUGUCGUUACGAUCGACUAUCACCCGUGGGAUCACUGUUCGUUCAUUGAGAGCGUCCACAACCCGGCCAUCGACCGGCCAAUCAACGACUACUUCGGCAAAACACGGGACACAUUGAUAAUUGGCGAUCGGGUCAACUACACGGUUCAUCCCAACAUAACUCAGGUGCUGUGGAAAACACACUGCGUUCAGGGCACUCCCGGAGCCGACCUGUACGCCGGCAUCCAUACAAAACAGGUGAACGACUUGGUGCGGGUCAACAAAGGCAUGUACUCCGACAUUGACAGCUACUCGGCCUUCGAGGACGUCGGAGGGCUUCACAAAACCAUAUUAAACGAAGAACUCAUUAAAAGAAAUAUCACAAACAUAUACCUGACGGGAGUGUUGUACGAGUUCUGUGUGGGAAUGACAGCACUGGACGGUCUGCGGUAUAACUACAGCACGGCUUUCAUCGAAGACGCCGUUCACGCGCUAACACCCGCUUUGGCGGAGAAGAUGUUAGAGAGAUUGAGGCAACACUCGGCCAGUAUUAUCACGACCGAAAAUGUCGACCAUAUGGUCACCGGGUAUGACAGGCGGCCACAAAUGGGCUAUAUAUUGGCGCGCAGAGUGUUUGGCGAGCAAUAAAGUGGG